CACACCAUAGAAAAUCCCUAAUAACAAUAGGGUACACAAUAAAUAACAAUAAACCCCUUAGCUACUAGAUGAAGCCUUUAAGCAGGAGUUGAACAAGGCUUUAAAAAAUCCAACCAACACAAACAAACAAGCAUCCCCUGUAUGAAACUUUCAGCAACUCCAAACACAUAAUUCCAACCAGCACAAGUUCCUUGAUUCAUCUCUCAUCUGUUAAACCAGAAACUUUCUCCAAGCUAACAAAGAAAUGUCUGCAGAUAAGGUAUCUUCAUCACCUUUAUCGCAUGUUGAAAUCAUAGCUGCAACAACGGCAUGCACUUUACUUGUUGCUGGUAUCAUCUUCUAUGUGGUAUUCAGACGUGCUAUUGCUCGAGAACGUGAGAAAAAUAAAUCUGCUUCAAGCUUUCGACGAGAAGUGGAUGUGGAGCACAUGAACUGCAUUCAGGGUGUUAGAACUUUGGAAAAGAUAGUUGUUGAUGCUAAUGGGAAGGAAGUGGUGUAUAUGCAAAAAGUUGAAGGAGGACAACUUAGAUGUUUUUCUACAAUUUGGUUCAAUCCUUUGGAUGAAGCAGAGAAGAGGGAGAAUAAAUUGCAAAUAUCUGAGCCACUCCAAGAUAAGCACAUGGAACUGCCAGGUUCUGGUCUGAGUACUCUUCAGCAGAAUUCUCAGCCUGAGAGGGAAACUCCGCCACUGUUAACUCCACCUCCUCCGCCACCUCCACCCCCACUCAUGAAAGCAAUUUCAAGGGCGCCACCACCACCACCGCCACCAAGAAUUCUAGCCAAAAGAGACCCUUCUGAGCCACCUCCAAGACAAAGCCCAGGUGCUUUGGUUUCACCAUUAAAACCCCCUACUGCACCAAGAUUUCAAGUCCAUAAUAAGGGCAGAGCAGAGGCUUUAACACAAGGCAGCUCAACAACCAAAAGCGGAAUCCACAAGAAGAUGAAGCCACUGCACUGGGAGAAAGUCAAUGCAGAUGUUGAUCAUUCACUGGUUUGGAAAGAGAUCAAUGAUGGUUCUUUAAGAUUUGAUGAUGAAGUCAUCGAAGCUCUAUUUGGUUACCAUGCUGCAAACAACAAUUUGCUUGAACCGAAGAACCUCCUGUCAAGCUCCGGAAGUUCAAUUUCAACUCCACCUGCUCAGAUUUUCAUACUCGAUCCUCGAAAGUCUCAGAACACAGCUAUUGUGCUGAAAUCUCUUGCAAUUUCCAGCAAAGAAAUUAUCGAUGCCCUGCUAGAGGGGUGUGGUCUCAGUGCAGAUACCUUAGAGAAGCUAACAAAAAUUUCUCCAACACCAGAAGACCAAGCCAAAAUCCUCAAAUUCAAUGGAAAUUCAACACAACUAGCUUAUGCUGAAUCUUUCUUGUAUCAAAUACUAACAAACGUUCCUACUGCAUUUAUCCGCUUCAAUGCCAUGCUUUUCCGAUCCAAUUAUGAUCCAGAUAUCUUACAUCUGAAGGAUUCGCUGCAGACACUUGAAUAUGGAUGCAAGGAACUUAGAGCCGGAGGGGUAUUCUAUAAACUUCUUGAAGCCAUACUGAAGGCUGGUAAUCGUAUGAAUGCUGGCACUGAGAGAGGAAAUGCACAAGGCUUUAACUUGAAUGCUUUGCGAAAACUUUCCUACUUGAAGAGUUCUGAUGGGGUUACCACUCUGCUUCACUUUGUGGUAGAGCAAGUUGCUCGAGCUGAGGGAAAACAUGUUGCAAUCAAAAGAGACCAUGGAUCUGAAAGCAGUAGCACUCGAGAUUCUGAAGAUAAUGUUCAAGAUUCAUGCUGUCCAAUAGACCUGGAAGAUACAUAUAAAGAUCAUCUGAUGUUAGGCUUACCAGUUUUAAGUGACCUCGGCAAUAAAUUCUCUAAUGUGAAGAAAGCAGCUACUAUAGACCCCGAUACAUUUAUUAAUGGUUGUUCAAGUCUCACGCUCCGGGUUGCUGAAAUUAAGAAGGCAGUGACCCAAUGUGGCAACUAUGAAAAGGGUGAUUUUGAAAAGGAAAUGAAGGGGUUUAUAGAGAAAUGUGAAGAGGAGCUUAAUGUAGUAAGGGAGGAAGAAACAAGAAUUAUGCAUCUAGUGCUGAGAACAACAAAAUUUUACCAAGCAGGAAUUUCCAAGGAUAAAGGGGCAAACCCACUCCAAAUAUUUAUCUUCGUGAAAGAAUUUCUUGACAUGGUUGAUCAAACAUGUGUUGACAUCAUAAGAAAACAACGAAAGAAGAGCGUAAGGGCAGUGGAAUCAUCACCACCACUUUCACCAUCGACAUCAACCAGGGCAGCAGUAAUGUUCCAAAGCUUGCAACAGGAUUUUCAAGCUGAGAAGUCUGGCUCGACAUCUUCUAGCGGAUCAGAAGAUGAUUUCUAAGAGUUCACCCAAGCUAGCUAAUAGGUGAUCUGUAAUGCAAAAAAGUAGGAGAGGGGGGAGAUGGAAACUUAGAAUACUUAUUUAUGUGAGUUUGUGUUA